AUGAGUGACGACAUUGAAAAAGAAAUUAAAGCCACACAAGCAAAACGUGCUUUAAUUACUGAAGAAGACAUUAGCAAAGCAGUUUUAAAUAAUGAGAAGCAUGCCAGUAUGGCUGGUGUUUCUUAUGAUACUGAUCUUUACACAACUGAUAAAUUUGCAGGUUAUUCUACCUCUUUACCUGUCGAUGAAGAAGAAGAGGAAGAGGAUGAAGUUUAUCAAGAAACAAAACGUAAAUUAAAUUCAUAUACAGCUUCUAAAGAUAUUAUCGAUGAAUCUAGAGAAGGCGCAGAUGCUUAUGAUCCUUUUGCUGACACAAUGCGUGAACGUACUGUUGCUGGAAAACAAAAUGAAUACCAACAACGUCGUUUUAAUCGUAUGUUAUCACCUAGUAGAAAAGACGCAUUUGGAGAAGAUCAAGGAGAUAAUGAAUCUCGAUCUUAUUCUGAAGUAGCUCGUGAAGCUGAAUUGGAAAAAGAAGAACAAAGAGUUUUAUCGAUUAUUGCACAAAAGAAAAAGGAAGAAGCACAAAAUGGUACCAGUGCUCAACAACAACAACAACAAGCACAAACAAAUGUUGAAGAAACACCUACUACACGUAAAAAGAGAAGAUGGGAUGUAGCCACACCUGUUACUCAAAAUGUAGAAGCAACACCCGUAGCUAGUACUAAACGAUCUCGUUGGGAUGCUACCCCUGUAAGACCUUCUGAAUGGGAUGUAGAUGCUACUCCUCGCGCUACCCCUAAGCGUUCUCGUUGGGAUGCCACUCCUGUAGCUGCUGAUUUGGUCGCAGCAACACCUGUAGGCGGUACAGGCAUGAUGACGCCUUUACCUGGACAAGCAUCAUAUAUAACACCUGAAGCUGCAAAUGCUUUACGUUGGGAACGUGAAUUAGAUGCUCGUAAUCGUCCUUUAUCUGAUGAAGAAUUAGAUGCUAUGUUUCCUACCACUGGUUAUAAAAUCCUUGAGCCUCCUGCUGGUUAUGAACCUAUUCGUACACCUGCUCGUAAGUUAACAGCAACACCUACACCAAUGGGUGAUACAGGCUUCGUUAUGCAAGAAGAACAAAGACAAAUAAUUGUACCUGAACUUCCUCAGGAAAUUCCUGGUGUUGGUGCUUUACCAUUUUUCAAGGAAGAGGAUAUGCAACAUUUCGGUAAAUUACUGGACGAAAAGGAUGAGAGCACAAUGUCGGUUGAUGAGCUUAAGGAACGUAAAAUUAUGCGUUUGUUAUUAAAGAUUAAAAAUGGUACACCACCUAUGCGUAAAGGUGCACUGCGUCAUAUUACAGAUAAGGCUCGUGAUUUUGGGCCUGGUCCUUUGUUCAACCAAAUUUUACCUUUGCUUAUGUCUCCCACUUUAGAAGAUCAAGAACGUCACUUAUUGGUCAAAGUUAUUGAUCGUAUUCUUUAUAAGUUAGAUGAUUUAGUUCGUCCUUUUGUACACAAGAUUUUGGUCGUUAUUGAACCUCUUUUAAUUGAUGAAGACUACUAUGCUCGUGUUGAGGGUCGUGAAAUUAUCUCAAAUUUAUCAAAGGCAGCUGGUCUUCCUACCAUGAUUACUACAAUGCGUCCAGAUAUUGACCAUCCUGAUGAGUAUGUUCGUAAUACAACAGCUCGUGCGUUUUCAGUUGUUGCCUCUGCCUUAGGUAUUCCUGCUCUUUUACCUUUCUUGAAAGCUGUUUGUCGUUCAAAGAAAUCAUGGCAGGCACGCCAUACAGGUAUCAAGAUUGUUCAACAAGUUGCUAUUCUUAUGGGCUGUGCUGUUUUGCCUCAUCUUAAAAAUUUAGUUGAAGCAAUUGGACAUGGUCUUGAAGACGAUCAACAAAAGGUACGUACGAUUACUGCUUUAGCUAUUGCUGCCUUAGCCGAAGCAGCUGCUCCAUAUGGUAUAGAAUCUUUUGAUUCUGUCCUUAAACCCUUAUGGUUGGGUAUUCGUAAACAUCGUGGUAAAGGUCUUGCCGCCUUCUUGAAAGCUAUUGGUUACAUUAUUCCUUUGAUGGACGAUGAAUAUGCCAAUUAUUAUACAAAGGAGGUUAUGGUCAUUUUGAUUCGUGAAUUCCAAUCCCCUGAUGAAGAAAUGAAGAAAAUUGUAUUGAAAGUUGUAAAACAAUGUGCUGCUACAGAUGGUGUUAUGCCUGCUUAUAUUAAGGAAGAGAUUUUACCUGAAUUCUUUAAGCAUUUCUGGGUUCGUCGUAUGGCCCUUGAUCGUCGUAACUACAAACAAGUAGUUGAGACAACAGUUGAAUUAGCUAAUAAAGUAGGCGUUUCUGAAAUUGUGAGUCGUAUUGUCAAUGAUUUAAAGGAUGAAAGUGAGCCCUAUCGUAAAAUGGUAAUGGAAACAAUUGAAAAAAUUGUAUCCAACUUGGGUGCAGCUGAUAUUGAUCCUCGUCUUGAAGAACUAUUGAUUGAUGGUAUUCUUUAUGCAUUCCAAGAACAGACAGUUGAAGAUAUUAUCAUGUUGAACGGUUUUGGUACUGUUGUUAAUGCUUUAGGCAUGCGUAUUAAACCUUAUCUUCAACAAAUCUGUUAUACCAUCUUAUGGCGUUUAAAUAACAAAUCUGCCAAGGUCCGUCAACAGGCCGCUGAUUUAAUCUCACGUAUCGCUGUUGUUAUGAAGAGUUGUGGAGAAGAGAAAUUGAUGAGUCAAUUAGGCCAAAUUCUUUAUGAAUAUUUAGGUGAAGAAUAUCCAGAGGUCUUGGGUUCCAUCUUGGGAGCCCUCAAAUCUAUUGUAAAUGUAAUUGGUAUGGCAAGCAUGACCCCUCCCAUUAAGGAUCUUUUACCUCGUUUAACUCCAAUUUUACGUAAUCGUCAUGAAAAGGUACAAGAAAAUUGUAUUGAUCUUGUUGGUCGUAUUGCAGAUCGUGGUGCUGAAUAUGUCUCUGCUCGUGAAUGGAUGCGAGUUUGCUUCGAAUUGCUUGACCUCUUAAAGGCACACAAGAAAGGUAUCCGUCGUGCCUCCGUUAAUACCUUUGGUUAUAUUGCUAAAGCCAUUGGUCCUCAAGAUGUUUUAGCUACUUUAUUAAAUAACUUAAAGGUCCAGGAACGUCAAAACCGUGUAUGUACAACUGUAGCUAUUGCUAUUGUAGCUGAAACAUGUGCUCCCUUCACUGUACUCCCUGCUUUAAUGAACGAAUAUAGAGUACCUGAACUUAAUGUACAGAAUGGUGUAUUGAAGUCACUUUCAUUUAUUUUUGAAUAUGUAGGUGAAAUGGGUAAAGAUUAUAUUAAUGCUGUAGCUCCUUUGCUAGAAGAUGCGUUGAUGGAUCGUGAUCUUGUUCAUAGACAAACUGCUUGUACCACCAUUAAACAUAUGGCUCUUGGUGUUGUUGGUCUUGGAUGUGAAGAUUCUCUUCGUCAUUUACUAAAUUAUAUUUGGCCAAAUAUAUUUGAAACAAGUCCACAUGUUAUCAAUGCAGUCAUGGAAGCUAUUGAAGGUCUUCGUGUUGCACUUGGUCCAGCUACUAUUCUUCAGUAUACAUUACAAGGUCUUUUCCAUCCUGCAAGAAAAGUUCGUGAAGUGUAUUGGAAGAUUUAUAAUACUUUGUAUAUUGGAAGUCAAGAUUCGUUAGUGCCUUACUAUCCAAGAUUGGAAAACGACGAACGCAACCAUUAUAUUCGAAAUGAGUUAGAUUAUGUCCUCUAA